AUGAACGUUGAAAGAUCCGAUUGUACUCCUGACGAGAAAGGUGAACUGCCCGAGGCAAAUUCUGAUCAAGGACUGUUGGAAACGUUCAAUCUUGCUCUGUCCAACAUCAUCAGAAACCCCAAAGAAAGGCCACAGACAUCUGACAAUGAUGAGCGAAUUUCUUCAGAAUCGAAGUUUGAGCCUCGUGCUGAAUGCAAAGAUGAAAUCAUCGCCUCCGACGAACAACCGAUAAAGCAAGAAGACUCACAAACUCAUUUUGACGACUACAGGGAGUGGAUAGACGGGAAUGAGAAGCGUCGAUAUUGUCUGACGUCACGCGAGGCUCAGUCCCACUCCUCUGGCUGGGCCAUGAAGUACACAAACAAUCAUAACAAGUACGUCUUGAAGAAAACGUGCGUGGGAGUUUUGAUGUGUUCCGAAAACUGCCGUUUCAAAGAUGGCACAAAAAUUCGAAUUCGUCCAGCGAUAUCCGAUAAAGUGAGAGAACGUCAACUUGGCCAACAGUGUCCGAACUCUGAAUGCAAGAAUGGGCGUAUUGUUCACAGAAAAUGUACCGGAAACAACGGUUACCCAGUGACCCAUUUCUGGGUCCAUCACAUGGAGCACAUCCAAUUCGAGUCAAAGGGAACUCACGACCAUCCAAAACCAGAACCAAAGAGAUCGUCCAUCAAAAAACGAGACGAUCAAUCAAGAAAAUGCAGUUCAGACGAAAAUUUGGUGCCUCUCGAGGGCUACGCUACCUACACACAUCCAUUCCUACAACCAUACUUGCGCUCUGAAGAUCUCAAUAGCUUUGCUCGAUAUGUGAACUAUCACAGCGAAUACAUCAGGAGCUGUGACGUCACCGACGGCAAUGAGCACGUGAGCGUUGCAACCGUGCCGAUGAGAGAACUAGCACGAGAAAUUUUCUCGGAAGAGAUCAACGAUGCCAAGUUUUCCGAGGCAUACGUCUUGUGUCGAACGCUGCCGAAUUACAUUCCCGGAUUUGAUUUACUCGAAUCUCGACUUUUAUCCUGCGCUACCCCCGAAUGUCCGUUGGUGUUGGUGACGUUGUAUCGUUCAGGAGGGGUGGAUGGAAUUUUGGAACAUAUCAAACAUUUGACGGUCAUGUGCUCAUGUCCAUUGCAGAAAAUACGCGUUCCAAAGUGGCAUUACCUCGUACACGAUUUUUCUCGCGAACUGAAAACGUUAGCGGUCGAAACAAUCGUGAAUCUCAUGGUCGAUGCGCAAAUGCAGACGUUGUUGAGCGAAUUUCAGUACAAAAGCGUCAGUUCACUCUACAAGAUGUUGCGUCAGAGGAUGAUGGGUACACUGAGAAGCUUCGAGGAACAUUACAGGAUAUGUAGGUACGAGUUGAUGUUGAGGAUACAAGAUCCCCGAGUCUUGGCGUCCGCCGAGGAUAUGUUGGCUCGCCUGCAAUCACAGUAUUGUUCCGGAAAAGAAUUCCUGAACAUCGAUGCUUUGAUUAAAGAUGGGAUGAUAGGUGAUCAAGUCAGGGAGUUCUGGUGUUUUUGGGGAAGCGAUCUGAUUUCAUCGGCAGUGUUUCCGGCUGCAAAGAAAAUAUAUGAUUUCACAUUGUGUCGACACCAUCAUUGUUCAAUUGCAGACAAUAGCGAUCAUCCGACCGCCAUGCGUGUUCAAGAAGGAUUCAUUUCCCUGAUGGACUGGCUGCAGAAACGAAGUAUAAUACCACAUUCUUUUCAUGUUUGGACGCAAUCGUGCGGGAAAUCACGAAAUCCGACCGCAGGAAAACGUGGCUUCACUUAUGUUCCUAACAAACUCCCGGUGUUAAUAUCGUACCCAGGCUCAUAUUCCAGCGAAUACCCAUCUCGUGGCUGCAUUCCGACACCACAUUCUGAGCUAACGUACAUAUGAAGCUGCAGUUUUAAUAAUUGCGUCCUGUUAGCGCAAGAGAUUUUCUAAAUCACGACAUGUGUAUGUUCCAAAGCAAGGUGGAAUAUGAAAAGCAUUAGUUUCUCACUCAUCCUGUCCAUCACAAGCGUAGCCGGCUAUCAAUCCAAAUUUGUCAGCCGAAAUGGCAGCUUUUAAUAACUGUUAAGAACUUUAAUACAUUUUUUAAGAUAUAAAAGUUAUUAGAAUUUUAUGCUUAAUGGCGAAGAGACGCUAAAAUAAAUAGCCCUUGCUUGUGUUGUGUCGGUAAAGA